AUGCCCUUCUUGGAUGCUCUGAAGAGCAGCACUUGCAGCCUGCAAGAUCCUCCGCAGAUGCGUUCUUCAGCGACGGCUCCCAGUCUCCAUGCGAGGCCAUCUGUGGACAUCAGUUGGGCCUUGUCUGAACGGAGCUCUCCAAGGACUCCUGCGGGAUUGGUCGGCUCUAAGCCGUUUCCACGGAAGGCGGUAGAUAUUUCCUGGGCCUUGCCACCACAGCCAGCGAGAGCGCUGCGAAAGCUCGCAUCUCCAAGAGGAGUGGAGGCAGAUCCAGUUGAAAUCCAAAGAGAUGAGCGUGAGAGGAUGGCAUCGCAAAGGGCCUUGGCCGAAGAGGCUGCAGCUGCAGCUGCGGCAAAGACUUUGGCACAAGCCGAGGAAGUCUCAAGGCGCCGCGAUGAGAUGGUCGAACGCUUGGCACAGGAAAUUCGUGACUUGAAGGAGAAGCUGGCCAAGGUUGGUCAAGGUGCGCAGCCAGUGGACCCAACAGCUUUUGGAGCUCCUGCGGUCGCCACGCCCAACGGCUUUGGUGACUUUGCGCAGAGCUGGGCACUUCCAAAGGAAGGUGGACCUGCUAGCAGAGAUGGAGGCGCCGCCUUCGGGGACUCGAACUGGGGCCCUACAAUGUCCCAGCCAGGAAGUCGACAGAGCAGCAAAGGCACGCCGAAGGAUGACGGGAGCAAGCGCCGAAAGGACAAGGACCGUUCUUCCCGGAGGCUCUCUACUGCAUCCAGUGGUGGCGGUGGCUGGCCAGAUGGGCAGGCUGCUUCGUUUGCAGAUGGGUGGUCCAAGCAGAGAACACGGAGCAGUUCUGGAGAGUUGCCGGUGAAUCAAUGGGGCGCCGGAGCCGCUGAGAUGAGUCCUGCCUUCCAAAAAUCCGGCUCUUGGGACAGGGGCCCUGCCUUGCAAAGAAGUGGCUCCGGGGACAUGCGACAGACCCCGACUAUGCAAAGAAGUGGCUCUGGGGAAAUGAGGCAGACCCCUUCUUUGCAAAGAAGCGGCUCUGGGGACAUGCAUCAGACGCCCACGUUGCGAAGAAGUGGUUCUGGGGAUGUGCGACAGACUGCCAUGCAAAGAAGUGGCUCUGGAGACUCACGACAGACGCCCACGAUGCAAAGAAGUGGAUCUGGAGACAUGCGACAGACCCCUACUAUGCAGAUAAGUGGGCCUGGAGAUAGGCAUGCUGAAGGCAUGAAUGAUGAGGCGUGGGCAAUUGAAGAAGAUCGACUAGAAAAGUAUCGCUCUGUCUUUGUCCGGGCGGACCUGGAUGAGGAUGGCUUCGUGGAGCCAAUGGAGGCAAGGGAUGUCCUGGCGAAGGCCAACUUGCCUGAGGAAGACAUGGCACGGAUCUACACACUGGCAGAUCUUGAUCAGGAUGGCCGCCUGAGUGAGGGCGAAUUUAUUUGUGCCCUUCACCUGGCUUUCCGUCGAAGCAAAGAGGGAUUGAUGCCAUCCGAGCUUCCCGCACCUUUGCUGGCACUUGCACAGCGAUCGACGGAUUGGUCCGUGAAAGCGGAGGAGCUGGGACACUACCUUCAAAGUUUCCAACGGCUUGAUGCCCAAAGUAAAGGCAUUGUGGGACAAGAAGAGGGGCGGGAGAUCUUCGAACAGAGCGGACUACCAGUGCAAGAGCUUUCGUUCAUUUGGCAGCUUUGCGAUCGAGACGGCGAUGGGAACUUGGUCUUUCCAGAGUUUGCUAUGGCAAUGGCCAUGGUGGCAAGGCGUCGCCGGGGCUGGUCCUUGCCUUCUACACUGCCGCUCGCCUUGGUGAGGUCUGUAGAUUCCUUCGGCCCGGUGAACUGGACUGUGGCUCCGGGCGAGCUCGAUGGCUACCGGACGAUCUGGAGGUCCCUGGAGCGGAGCGGCUUCGCGGACCCAGCGGCCGCCAAGGAUUUGCUCGAGCAAUCCCAGUUGCCUGUAUCAGACCUGUCCACGAUCUAUGCCAUGUCUGAUUUUGAUCAUGAUGGUCGGCUGUCUGAGCCGGAGUUCCUUUGCGCCAUGGCCUUGGUCGCUCGCCGCCGCCAGGGCGCUGCUCUGCCGGAGUCAGUGCCGCCUGAGCUGCGAGAGGCCUGCUGGUCGCAGCACGAAGAGGUGCAACCCCAGGCAACCGCAACCUGGCAGCCGAACACUGAAGAACUGACCAGGUUUCAGCAACUCUUCACUCAGCUCCAAGACUACGGCUACGUGUCGGCCGAGCGAGCACGAGAGGUGCUGGAAAGCUCCGGCCUCCCGCUGGAUGACCUUGCGAAGAUCUGGGACUUGGCAGAUGCCGGAGAUGAUGGGAAGCUGGACUUGGGUGAAUUCUUUUGUGCCAUGUCUCUGUCUGCCCGACGGCGAGAGGGCCAUGAGCUGCCGGACGCCAUUCCCAAUGAAUUGCUGCCCUUCCUGAGGCUGAGGGACACUGAGCAGGAGAUGCAGAGGUAUUUGGCGAUUUUCCAGAAGUCGGUUCCCCGAGGUGCUACCAUGCCGUCUGAUCGUGCGCGGGAGAUCCUGGAGAUGUCCGAGCUGCCACCUUCGGAGUUGGCUCAGAUUUGGCGCUUGUGCGGAGCCGGCGACGGCCUGGACCAGAACCAAUUUCUAUGUGCGAUGGCCUUGACCGCCCGCCGCAGGCAGGGACAGCCGCUGCCACCAGUGAUGCCGCCGGAUCUAUUUCUUGCCGCUCAACUUGUGUAG